GACAUUGUACAUAAACAAAUUGAAUCCCAAAUCCCUAAAGUCUGAGAUCUCGACUCCAUCUCUUCUUAGUCCUUCUCCGUUGAGUCACCGCCUUUCCUUCCCUUCAACCAUCAUCAGCUCCUUCCUUCUCAGCCGAAAAGGGUACAUUCUCUCUCUCUCUCUCUGUAAAUGUUAUCUACCCAAUUCGAGUACUGAGGAGAAUUUUGUGCUUUUACUCAUCUCUAAGUUUUUAUCACUUAUUCUACAUUUACUCAUCCAAUCGACUAAUUGAGGCUGCAAUUUCUGUUAACUCUGCUGCUUUUGAGUUUUAAUUAUAAGUUGCUGAUUGGACACUAUAAAGAAUGGAGUCAAAUAAAACUCAUCCCGAAAAGCAAUCAUCUGUUGCAAAACCGCCUGUUCCUUCUUGUCGGAAGAAGAAAAGCGAGGAAGCGUCGUUCUUGGAAGAUGUUAAGGAUCACAUUGAUGAGUUCAUCAAUGCUUCUAUGGAUGAGCAUAAAACAUGCUUUAAGAAGACCAUACAAAAGAUGUUUGGAAUGUCGAAAAUUGUUGCUGAAAGGACUGCUGAAGCUGAAGGAGUUGAAAGUUCUCUGCCCCUUAAAACAACAGUAGGAAACUAAGGUGUUUCUUUAGGUGUGUUCAAAUUGGAUGACUUUUUUUCACUGUUUUAACUUUUUAUUGCUAUGUUCAAUGUUCAUAAUUUCAAAUAAAUUUACUGUUGCUUUUUUAUAAGUGAUAUAGUUGGGCCAAUUUUUGCACAGAUGUAAAAUUAAAUCUAGGAAUAAUUACAUCAUUGAACCAUUUUUUGUUAUUAA